AGGGAAGAAACUGAACAUAAUAUAUGACUGACGCUCAUUUUGUUUUCCGAUUAUUCUUAUAUAUAUACACCAUAGCCUGCUAUGCGUCCAUUGUUCUCGAUUCUACCAAAAGUUUAUUUUAUUUUAUUUUCCUACUCAAAAGUAAAUUAUUAGUAUUUAAUAGUUACAAUAUUGCCCUAAUUUAGUCUUCUAAGAUUACUGUUUAGUUCGUUUAUCAAUUCAAUAACGUACAUUUUGUUUGACCUAUUAACCAUUUUAAGUGUCUUGAUGCAAUUAUGUCUUAUAACAGAGAAAUAUCACCAACUUCGACGAUUUCUUUGGACGAUGACGAAAAAAGCAACAAAGUUGAAAAAAAGGAAUUAACUGACUCUGAUGGUAUGUAACGGAUUUGAAUAUAUCUUGGACUUUUUUCAUAUAAAUUAAAAUGGUUUCUAUUGAAUUCUAGGUGAACGCAAAGAAAAUACUGAGAAACGUAUUGAUAUACAAGAGCAGUGAGAUUUCAUACAUUUGAAUGUCAAAAAUCAAUAUUUAUAUCUAUUUUUAUUUUCAGAGUCUAUCAGGACAAAUUAGCUGCUAUCAAAAAACAACUACAGCAAUUGCGAGAUGGUACACAUGUUGAAUAUGUUAAGCAAUUAAAAUUAUAUGAAUUACAAAAAAAAAACGAGUAAGAUUAUUUUUUUUUAUUAUUAUUUUUAAUUGUGAUUAUAAUGUCGAGUCAUUCUAACACAGAGUACCUCUCAUAUUAUUUUAUGGUUCUUAAAUUAAUCUUUGAUAAUACUAGUAGCAUCAAUUUCUUUUUACCUAAUUGCGGAAGGAUAGUUAUAUGUUAUGGUAAACGGUAAAAGACUUACAGCUAUAUGUGAAAUGGUUUAGGUUUUGGACUAGAGCUCUGCAUGACCCGAUGCAUUUAAUAAUAAUUAAUGUACCUAUAAUGUUCAUGUGUUAUUAAGUAUUUUAUUUUCAUUUAUUAUGGCAAGUCUUUGUAAUUGGGCUCAGUGGCGUAUCCAAGAGGAGGGUUAAGGGGUUGUAACCUCCCUUGAAAUGUCUUUGAAAAAAAAAAAAAAUACUAAUAGUUUGAAAAAAUAAUAAAGUGUUAUUACACUUAACAGUUUACUCAAAUAAUACAAAUUAAUAAUAUACAAGUCUAGUCCAGUGUAGUGUGUGUAUCAUAGUAGGUAGCUCUAUGGUUAUCGGUUAUCACUUUUGAUUAUCUAAUAAGACAAAGUAUUUUGCAAUUGUUAAUAGAAGAAAUAUUUUUAUAUUAUUUGAAGACCUUCAACCAGCCAUUUUACAUGCAUUAGAUAAAAUUACACUUUGGACAGAUUCUGACACUUCUAGUUCUGCAAGUCAUCUUACUGCGAUAAAACAGUUAACAUUUUAAACAGCUUUAUCUAUUUUCUAUAAGUUUUCCACUUAGCUGAUAUCUUCAAACAUUAAAUAUUGAUUUAAAAACUGUACUAGAAGCUGCUAAUGUUCAAAAUAAUAUUAAGCAUGUCAGAGAAAAUUGCAAUGUAGAGUUUCAACAAUCAUUUUUAUCCGUAAUAACUGUCUGUGAAAAAUUUGAUAUUACUGUUAGUUUGUUACAUGAAUCUAAAUCAAAAAAUCCAGAAUAUUUUUUCAAGUAUUCAGACCUUUUAUAGAUAAUUGUUUAGACCAAUUGACCAAGAGAUUUAUAUCGCACUCGAUUGUUUUGAAUGAUUUUGAUUGUAUUUUAAGUAAGAUAGAAAUGAAAAUAUCUGAAGAUAUUAAAGAUAAAUUCAAACAAAUAGUAGAAACAUAUCGAGAUAUAAUUGAUGAAUGUAACAAUUCAAAUUUAAAUGAUCAUAUAUUAAAAAGGAGAAAUAGAUUUUUGGUACACUAAAUAUUCAAAUUUAACAUCUUCUGAACUCAAGAACAAAAAUACUAUUGAAGUAUACUUCUAAUUUAGUCCAGAUGUUUAUCUAGUAAUAUCUAAGCUAAUCCCGUUUAUAUAUAUAUAUAAAUAAAUGAAUUUGAAAUAAUCAAAUCAAUAUGUAUUGUGUAUAUUGUGUAUUUAAAUACAGCUGUAAGUCACAUAUUAUACAAUCUUUUCCUCCAUAUUAUUAAUUUUUGUUUGUCCAAAAAUAUUUCAGUUAAUAAUAUAAAAGCCCAGCUCAGCCUACCCCAUACUUUGAUAUGAAAAACCCAAUCCAUAAAAAGCUCUUUAGUAUUCUAAAUUUUGAAACCUGAACCUUCCUAUACUUAAUUUAAAAAGUAAAGCCCACUUGGACCCAUUCACUUGUGAGGAAUAUAAGGCCUGGUCCGAUCAAGUCAGGGUUGGGUCAGCCCGACCCAUGCAGAAUUCUAUUAUGGACUUAGUGAUUUUUGAUUUUGUUUAUGUGAGUGCUACUUUUCAAAGAAUAAGAAAUAAUGACGAUUUAAGAAUUAGCUUUUAUUGACUUUAAAUUUCCUCUUCCAGCAAUGAAUGUUCACUAAAUUACCAUAACAGAUAGUAGUAGAACGCAUAACAUUUGUGAAGUGUUGAACAAUAUGUUUAGUCAUUUAAUUGCAUACCAUAACACCACACCGACAUCUACUGUCUCUAUUUUACAAACGCGUAGCAAAUUUGCAUUCAGUAGGACACAUUUUGUGCCGUUAGUCUUAAUAUUAAAGCAAAUUGACCUAUUAACAAUAUUAAAGGUAAGAAGAUUGCAUGUGCUCUAGCAUUGAUGAUUUUUCAAUAUUUUAAAUGAGAUAUGAGUAAUUUAAAUAUCAUAAUUUAAGAAUGAUUAUAUCUUACUUAAAAAUUAAAUUAUCGAAAAAAUAUCAAUGCUUUGGCAUGUUUAAUCUUCUUACCUUUAAGUUAAAGACUUAGUUAAAAACAAACCAACCGAACAGUCUCUGGUUGUAAUCUCAUUAAUGAAUUUUACAAAACUUAACACAACAAUAUAUUUUGUGUAUACUUUAAUAGAAAGUUAAUUGUAUAACUUUUAUCUUGUCAUCUUAGAGGUUAGGUUAAGCAGAGUUGGACAAGAUACUAAAAAAAAGUAUCUUGAUAAAUGAUUUUAUAAAAUAUAUUAAUUUUAUAUAUUCUACAUAUUUCAAAAAUGGAUAAGAUAAAAUUAUGAACAUAUCAGGAGUUGGGAGUGUUUUUUUAAAUACAUUUCUUCAUAUAAUCAGAAUUCCUAACGAAAUUUCUUAUGACAUUAUCAUUUGUAUAUGCUAAUUAGUUUAUAUUUGUUAACAUCUGUGUCAAUUCAGUCACAAACGCUGAAAAUUAUUUUUCUUUAUUAUUUUAUGGCGUCACCACUGAUAUCACUUUAAAAAAAAAAUUAAAACAUACAGUUAAUUAUUAUAUUAUUACCUAUUCGUGUAGAUUAUUGAUGAACAGUUAUUGGAGAGAUAGUAUAGCUGAAUCUAUUGAAUUGGAAUUCACCAGAGAACGACGUCUUACUCACAAAGAUUUUGAUGAUCGCAAAGCUGAACUCAGUGAGUCACUUAUAUCAGAGUUAAACGAGAGGAAAAAGAUGAUCGAAAAUGAUUAUCUAAACAUGGAACUUGGUAUGGAGUUUUCAUAUAUAUAUAUAUAUAUUAAAAUAAAUUUAGUGCAUGAUAUUAUUUGUUUUAUAACCCAUUAUUUGUCACAUUGUGUGCAUAUUAUUCACAUUUUUUCAUGUUAAUAUCAAAUACACAUAUGUUAAACUAUGAACUAUGAUAAAAUUUUAAAGUUGCAGCCAAUUACUUAUUAACACCAAUACAUACUAUCUAUGUCCAUAUUUGAUAAUUUCUUAAAAAUAAUAAUACAUUUUAUAAAUAUGCUUACUGCAUUAAAGAAAUUUAUUUGACUUAUGACCUAUGCUCUACAAUAAAUCAUUUAUAUUUUUAUAUAAUUGUUAUUAUUUUUAGUUACAGAGUCUUCAGAUCAUAAACCUGCUAUGACAAGAAAAUUAAGAAGAAGACCAAAUGAUCCUGUAGUUCCGACUCCACAAGAAAAACGCCGCAAGCCACCACCAGUAUCAAAUAUUUGUUAUAUGUUAAACGAAAAUGAAAUUGAACAAGAUUUAAAGAUUAUUCAGGAUUCUUACAAUUCCAUACCACUUAAUGUUCCUACUCCAGCAACUUCAACAGCCAAAACACGCGAUACAGUGAAUUCUGCAACAAUUAGGAAACCAGGCAAGUCAUAAUAUUAUAUACAAUACAAUAUACAUGGGUCCAAUUCUAAUUUAUUGGUUUUGCUUUCACUAUUAGCAACUGAUCACAAAAUCUUCAAGUCUAGUUUGAUAUGUAAAAUGUAUUAUGUUAAUAGUUUUAUAGUUUUAAUAGUGGUUAUUUACUGGUUAAUUUGUUUUUUAUAAUAAAAAGUAUACACUUCUUUUACCUAGAUUUUAUAUUUUCUAUACACUAGUAGAUUUGACACUUAGACAUUUGAUGGUAUGAUUGGUAUGAGUAAUGUAUUCAUAAGUGUGUACAAACCUUAAUGGCAAGGGGGGGGGAGUUAGAAUUUUGUUUUGUUAAUAUCACCAGUGCCUGCUAAAAUAUUUUUCAGUAGAAGUGGGAACCAAAUAGGUUUACUUUAUUAAUAUAACAUUUUUCAAUCAUUAUCAUAUGUAUAAUAUAUUACAUUAAUAUGAAUAAGAUUGAUUAUUUUAAUAUAUAAUAUAAUUUAUCUAAUAUUAUUUAUUACUGCAUGUACCUAUUACAAAAUACAAAAUAAUAAUAAUAAUACAAAUAUCACACUUUGCUUUAUACUUAUAUUCUUAUUUUUAAAAUAUAAUAAAUUGUUAUUAACAUAAAAACAAUAAUUAAUAAUAAUGAACUGAAUCAUUUUGUCCAUAUCACAGAUUUGUAGUAAAUUGUUAUCAUAUUUAUAUCAGUCACGAACUUUCAAACACAAUUGCCCAAAUAAUGACUAGGUACCUAAAUAAAUAAAGUAAAAUAUUAUUUUUGGAUAAAAAUUCAGCCUGCAUGGAGGACGGCUGCCUACCUUACCCUCCACGUGUUCAUGUUUUUAAGUGUCCUUAUCAAAAGUAUACAAUUUUUAUGCAAAUGUAUAUAAAUAUUGAAUCUUAUUAGUACUUUUACAUACUUGUGUAAUAUUUACAUUGAAUUAGUGUGGUAAAUGUGUUUGUUUUAAUCAUAUUUAUUCAGGGUUUCUUACAAGUGCAAGUUCAUCAACUGGUAGUAUGAGUCCUAAAAAAACUCAGAAUUCAGAUACCGAAGGAUCAUCAACAAUUCCUGACACAAGAAUCGAAGAUGGAAAGCUUUUGUUUGAAAAACGAUGGUAUCACCGUGGACAAACAGUUUUUGUUGAAGGAAAACAAAUAGUGAAAUUCCCAGCAGUCAUAUCUGCCAUUGGAAAUGAAACUGUAAGUGAUUUAUUUAUUAUAAUUUUGUACUUUGGAAAAAAAAUGGUGUGAUACAUUCUUUUUUUUAACAGAUUUGGGUGAAGAAAACAUCAGAUAACAGUAAGUUUCGUAUUAAUUUGUCUUAUUUGUCAAAAGGAAAAAUGUCUAUCAAACGCAGAGCUGCUGUUUAAACAAUUUUUACUUAGUAUAGAAAUUUUUUUAAAUACUUAUUUAAGUUAAAAUUAUCUUAAAUUUAUCUUAUAUUGAUAUUUCUUGAUAUUAGUUUUUUUUAAAUUGUCAUUUCAUUUACAAUUGUCACUAGUACAUUAGUACUUAAGUUUAAGACUUCAUCAUUUUAAGGAACACAUUAAUAGUAUAUAUGAUUAAAGACUUAAAAAAUUAGUAUUUGCACAUAUUAUUUUUAUUUUUAUCUGCUUAUGUUUACAAUAUCUAAAAAACAAAUAUAAAAUUGUUUUUAGAUACUUAUCUUAAUUUAUUAUAAUAUUAAAAGUUUUUAUUCAAUUAUAUCUUAUUUCUACUACUAAAAUUCUU